AUUGGAAAACGGAGAGCUCCUUCGUCAGUUGUGAAGUUCUGUUCAAUAGCUUUUAAUGAAGGGCAAGUCAAAUGAAACAGGAAACAGACAGGAAGAAACCCGGUACCGGCAUCAAGACUGGGUAUAAAUCUGACUACGAACGAGUUCAAACAAGUGAACUUUUCCUCCCUUUAAAAUUUUCACAUUUAAUACUAUUUUAUCUCUCUUUACUUUCCUUCGUUCUUUCUUCUCACAUGAAAACGCGUUUUGACCAGUGACUUUUCGAUUCAAAGUCUAGACCACCAUUUUAACAAGCAGGGUGGAAGAUACACGAGUCACAGCCCAGACUUUUAUUGCUUCAUUACCCGUAUCUAGUCAUUUCUUCCAUAAAUACAUUCGUAUUUCUAACUCACGUAAUUACAAGCCCCUUUUUUUCAUCUUCGAAACUCCUGUUUCCGUUUCUUUUUUAAUUUUCUUGGCUUGAAAAUCUAAAUUUGUUGUUUUUUUAUUUGUUUUUCCAUAGGUUUCUGUGAGAAAAAAGUUGUGUUUAUUAUUCAGUUUCUGGGUGCCUUUUUUUCAUGUAGGAUUUUCACAGAAUCCAAACAAGGAGCAUCCUUUGCUAUGUUGUUUAAGGUUUUCUCAGUUCUUUUUCUUCUCUUAAUAUUUUGUGGAGCAUUUGAUGCUAUCGUCAGAGCCCACGACCAUUACAAGAAUGAGAAUUGUAAUAUCUCCUCUAUCGCCGGCAUAAAAUUGCCCGAGCACAUGAGCUUCAAUGCCGUUUCUUCUUUCACAGAUUCCGAUUGCAGCUUCUCAAAUUCGAAGACUUUGAAAGAAGAAAAAGAUGGUGAUGUUUUUGGAGAAGAUGAUCAAGACGACCUGUUAUCAAUGAAACCGAGUACAGGAAAGGUGAAGCUUCAUUUAAAGCGCCGGUCAACGGAUCCGGAAUCCGAGCCAAAACAAUCUGUGGUUGAGUACACAGCAAGGGACUUGACCAGAAUUCAGACACUUCAUACGAGGAUCAUUGAGAAGAAGAACCGAAACACCAUUUCACGGCUAAAGAAAGAUAGUGAGAAGUCAAUGAAGAAAAUAAAGCCGGUGGUUGGACCGGCAUCUUCGCCAGAAUCUUACGCAAGUGGGAUCUCUGGGCAGCUGGUGGCAACUUUGGAAUCUGGGGUGAGUCUUGGUUCGGGAGAGUACUUUAUGGAUGUGUUUGUUGGUACACCUCCAAAACACUUUUCUUUGAUUCUUGAUACUGGUAGUGACCUUAAUUGGAUUCAAUGUGUGCCUUGCUAUGAUUGUUUUGAGCAAAAUGGGCCUUAUUAUGAUCCUAAAGAUUCAUCUUCUUAUAGGAACAUAAGUUGCCAUGAUCCUAGGUGCCAUUUGGUUUCAUCCCCUGAUCCUCCUCAGCCUUGUCAAGCUGAGAAUCAAACUUGCCCUUAUUUUUAUUGGUAUGGAGAUAAAUCUAAUACUACUGGUGAUUUUGCAUUGGAAACAUUUACAGUUAAUCUCACAACGCCUACAGGGAAGUCACAAUUUAGGCAGGUGGAGAAUGUGAUGUUUGGGUGUGGUCAUUGGAAUAGAGGUCUAUUUCAUGGGGCUGCAGGGCUUUUAGGUCUAGGGAGAGGUCCUCUUUCCUUUUCCUCUCAGCUUCAAUCUCUAUAUGGUCACUCCUUUUCGUAUUGUCUUGUGGAUAGAAAUAGUGACACCAAUGUUAGCAGCAAGUUGAUAUUAGGUGAGGACUCAGACCUCUUGAAUCACCCCAAUUUGAAUUUCACCACAUUGGUUGCUGGAAAAGAAAAUCCGGUUGACACAUUUUAUUAUGUUCAAAUUAAAACAAUCAUGGUUGGUGGGGAGGUGUUAAAUAUACCAGAAAAGACAUGGCAUUUGUCAUCGGAUGGUGCUGGUGGUACAAUCAUUGAUUCGGGUACUACUCUAAGUUAUUUUGCUCAACCAGCUUAUGAUAUAAUCAAGGAUGCAUUUAUGAAGAAGGUGAAAGUGUAUCCUUUAGUCACAGAUUUUCCAGUUUUAGAGCCUUGUUACAAUGUGACUGGAGUUGAGAAAAUGGAGCUUCCCGAAUUUGGGAUUAUAUUUGCUGAUGGUGGUGUGUGGAACUUCCCGGUUGAGAACUACUUCAUCAAGCUUGACCCGGAGGAUGUAAUUUGCUUAGCCAUUUUGGGGACUCCUCAAUCAGCUCUCUCAAUAAUAGGGAACUAUCAGCAGCAGAAUUUCCAUAUCUUGUAUGAUACAAAGAAAUCUAGACUGGGGUAUGCGCAGAUGAGGUGUGCUGACGUUUAACAUCUAGCUGAAAAUUGAUGGGGCAGAAGAUUAACUGUAAACAUGGUGUUUGAGGAGGAACAUUUUUUUUUUUUUAAUUUUCCAUUCAAAAGAGUGGUAUUAUUAUUAUACAACAAUUUACUUGAUUGUUUUUUUUUUUUUUUCUGGUUCAAAUGUUUCCAUAUAUAUAUAUAUAUAUAUGCAGUAACUGGGUGGUAUCCUAUUUAUGAACAAUAGAUCAUCGCAUUUUAGACAUUCUUAUGGCUUUUUGAUAGUUUCCUACUGAAAAUCGUUGUAUGGCAGUUCAUUGAGCACAUCAAUGGAAACCUCAGAAUUAAACCUGA